ACUCUAUUGAACACACCUAUAUCGAUUCAUGUUUUUGUUCAUACAGCAAUUUUCAAAAAGCAAUCAAGUGUGCAUUUUUUUCGUGGUAGUAGGAGUUAAUAAAUGCUCUCAGGGAAAACGUAUAUUAAAGGAAAGACACCAAACAUCAAGGUCCUUGUAAAAAUAAUAUCUGCCUGAAGUGCCACCUUGACCUCAAGGAUGGGUGGGUCAAAAUCCACAGAACUACCAUCAGGGAUCUCCUACUUUUUCGUUCUAGUUUUUGUCAUUGUACCUGUAUUAUCCCAGAUUCCUCCUGGAUCACCAGUCAUCGACGGACCUCAAAACAUAGUUCUAAAUAACCAGAUUACAUUAACAUGUACUUCUCCUAGAGGAAGUCCAGCACCAACAGUGAAAUGGUUCAAAGAUGACACCGAAAUAACAACUGGUAUUUCUACAACAACUUCUGGUACAGCAGUGACAACAUCUUUAACGUUUACAGCUACUUUAGCUGAUCAUUUAGAGGUGUACGAGUGCCAGGCAGAAAAUGGUGUACUGCAAAACCCUCUUACUACAACUAAAUAUAUUGAAGUUCACUUUUCACCAGAUGCACCAACUUUGACUGGACCAACUACUUUGACACCAGGACAACAAGGCACAUGGACAUGUAUUUCCGCCAAUGGUUAUCCAGCUGGUAUAAUGACCAUGAGAAAUCAAAAUAAAAAUACUCAGUUUACAUCCGAGUUUACAUCUACCAGCGUAUUAGAUCAAAAAUCCUAUGAUGUUACUGGUACCCUUACCUGGAGCCCAGUGAUAGUUAACAAUGGCGAUACCAUUUGCUGUGAUGUUGCACAUACAACCACACUUGGCAAUACUCCACAGACAGUCUGCAGACAAAUUACAGUUGCUCAGCCUAUUGCAAUUAAUGCUCCUGUGACCCAGUAUAAUCCAAUUCUACAGUCAACGGUUACUCUGCAGUGUGAUGUUACUCAAGGAACUGCAUCUCAAAUCAUAUGGAUUAAAGAUAAUGUUCAACUCAAUAUAAACAGUAAUUCACGACUUUCUGGUGGCACUGUUGCUACUGAAUCUCUGACAAUUUCCAAUGUACAACAGUCUGAUGGUGGAAACUAUGUCUGUCGGGGUAUUGAUGCAGUUACAGGAGAUCCUGUCAAUACAAAUACUAUUAAUGUUAGCCCUGUUGGAACCCCACCUGCAACAAGUAUUCCACAAUCAUCAUACACUCAAAUAACUGGACAACAAAUUAUUCUGGGGUGUGCAGUCAGCUCACCAAACAGUCCUCUACAGGAAGUUCAGUGGACAUUUACCAAUAAUGGAGGUCAAGUGACAGACCCUAUCCUUGUUUCAACCUCAAAUGGAAAGUAUUCAGGCUCAACAACAAAUAGUCCAUCUUUGACCAUUAACAAUGUGGCAUCAACAGACCAAGGAACAUACAGCUGCAAGGCCAGAAAUCUAGUUGGGACCAGCACAAAUAAUCCAACAACAACUCUAACCGUUACAGGAAGUCUGCCUGUAGUCCAGAUUAAUCCUUCUACCUACACAGCAACGUAUGGAAGUCAACUGGUAAUUAAUUGUAAUAUCGUAUCUGCUAGUCCUGCAGCUAAUCAAGUCUACUGGCAGAGAAAUUCCAAUAAUCAGAUUCUACGAAUUGACAAUGGAGACCAGGGGUAUCAAGGCAGUACAACAUCCACACCUUCAUUAACGAUUAAUUUUGCUACAACAUCCGAUGCAGGAGUAUACACAUGUUUUGCUACAAAUGCCGUAGGAACUGGCAGCAGUAACCUUGGAACUGUAACAAUUACUGGAGGACUUCUUUCUGUUUUUGUCACUCCACAAAAUCAAAAUGUUAUCCAAGGAGGUCAACAAAAAAUAACCUGCACUGUUAGUGGAACUCCCGCUGCACAGAACAUUGCCUGGAUGUUUACACCAGCUGGUAGCUCUCAGCAAACUCAACUAAGUACAACAAACAGUAAUAAAUACACAGUUGGUUCAACACAGGAUCCUUUUUUGAAUGUUCUUAACUUCCAACCAAGUGAUGCUGGUACUUAUGUAUGUAAAGCAUCAAAUGCUGCAGGAUCCUCAUCUAGUAACCCUGGUUCAACUUUGACCUAUAUCACUGUACCUACAACAAAUGUUGAACCAAGUCAGUUUACAGCAACAGUAGGCGAUAAUAGUUUCCAGGUUCAGUGUACGGUUACUGCAACACCUGGAGCAACAUCUUGGUACUGGACAUUCCAACCUGUAGGUGGCAGUCAACAAACCAUAGCCCAAGGAACAAAUGAUCAACAGUAUACUGUUGAUAAUUCUGGCACAAACCCUCACUUAACCAUAAAGAAUAUUGCUUUGAAUGAGGCUGGAAUCUACACUUGCUAUGCAACUAAUGCUGCUGGUACAAGUGACAGUGCCAAUAAUCCUAAUUCUAGACACACUCUAUCAGUCACAGGAGCAAUUUUGAAUGUGGCUAUUUCUCCUGCAACUGCUAAUGUUAUCAGAGGAAACACCCAAGUUAUUGACUGCAAUCCCCAAGGAAACCCAUCUGCUACACUGAUAACCUGGUAUUUUACACCAUCGGGAAGUAGCAGUCAACAGUUGCUAAAUAUAGCUAACAGUGGUGGGAAAUACUCCGGUGGAACUCCAGGAAACCCAGAUCUUACCAUAACAGAUUUCCAGACAAACAAUGCUGGUUCUUAUCGCUGUGCAGCAACAAAUGCUGCUGGUACUGGAACUAGUAGUAAUUCCGUAUUGACAUAUGUUGAACCACUAUCAAUUUCGGUGACUCCUGCUGACGGCACUGCUAUAUAUGGAGAUGCCUCGUACACCAUUCAGUGUACCAUAAUUGGAACUACACCUACAUCAUGGUCUUGGUCAAAAAGACCAACUGGUGGUGGUAUAAUAUCCACAAUAUCUGCUGGAAGCAAAUACACCAUUGCUAAUUCUGCCACUGCUCCACAUUUAACUAUCAACAGUAUUGUGGAGGAUGAUGAACAAGAUUAUUACUGUCAAGCAGAAAAUGCUGCUGGAACAGUAACAAGUACACGUGCAAGGCUGAUUGUCAAUGGAGGUCUUUUAACUGUUGCUAUUUCACCAGCUAAUGCUGAUGUCCUUCAAGGACAGUCUCAGUCAAUCACAUGUACUGUAACUGGAACACCAGCUGCCAACUCCAUUACAUGGUUUUUCACACCAAGUGGAUCUAGUCAGCAACAAGCAUUAAGCUUAGGCAAUACUGCCAAAUAUUCUGGUGGUAAUACCCAGAAUCCUUCAUUAACAGUACAGAACUUCCAAUCAUCUGAUGGUGGUACCUAUGUAUGUUCAGCUACAAAUGCUGUUGGAGCAAGUACCAGUACAAAUUCUGUUCUUAGAUUCAUCCAGCAACUAACAAUAUCCGUGACUCCCUCAGAUGGAACUGCUAUUUAUGGAGAUUCCUCUUACACCAUACAGUGUACUAUAACAGGAACUCCUCAGGCUACAUCAUGGACUUGGUCAAUGAGACCAACAGGUGGUGGAUCAUUAACAACACUAUCAGCUGGAAGCAAAUACACCAUUGUUAAUUCUGCCACUGCUCCACAUUUAACUAUCAACAAUAUUGUAGAGGAUGAUGAACAAGAUUAUUUCUGUGGAGCCACAAAUGUUGCAGGAUCACAAACCAGUACACGUGCAAGACUUAUUGUUAAUGGGGAUCUACUAAGUGUUACUAUUUCACCAGCUAAUGCUGAUGUUCUCCAGGGACAAUCUCAGUUAAUUACAUGUAUUGUAAGUGGAAAUCCAGCCGCCACAUCAAUAUCAUGGCGUUUCACACCAAGUGGAUCUAAUCAACAACAAACUUUAAGCUUAGGCAAUACUGCCAAAUAUUCUGGUGGUAAUACCCAGAAUCCUUCAUUAACAGUACUCAACUUCCAAUCAUCUGAUGGUGGUACCUAUGUAUGUUCUGCUACAAAUGCUGUUGGAACACGGUCCAGUACAACUUCUGUUCUAAGAUAUAUUCAGCAACUAACUAUAUCCGUGACUCCCUCAGAUGGAACUGCUAUUUACGGAGAUUCCUCUUACACCAUACAGUGUUCUAUAACUGGUACUCCACAGGCUACAUCAUGGUCUUGGUCAAGGAGACCAACAGGUGGUGGAUCAUUAACACCACUAUCAGCUGGAAGCAAAUACACCAUUGUUAAUUCUGCCACUGCUCCACAUUUAACUAUCAACAAUAUUGUAGAGGAUGAUGAACAAGAUUAUUUCUGUGGAGCCACAAAUGUUGCAGGAUCACAAACCAGUACACGUGCAAGACUUAUUGUUAAUGGGGAUUUACUAAGUGUAACUAUUUCACCAGCUAAUGCUGAUGUUCUCCAGGGACAAUCUCAAUUAAUUACAUGUAUUGUAAGUGGAAAUCCAUCCGCCACAUCAAUAUCAUGGCGUUUCACACCAAGUGGAUCUAAUCAACAACAAACAUUAAGCUUAGGCAAUACUGCCAAAUAUUCUGGUGGUAAUACUCAGAAUCCUUCAUUAACAGUACUAAACUUCCAAUCAUCUGAUGGUGGUACCUAUGUAUGUUCUGCUACAAAUGCUGUUGGAACACAGUCCAGUACAAAUUCUGUUCUAAGAUUUAUUCAGCAACUAUCUAUAGCAGUGAGUCCUUCAGAUGGUACUGCAGUAUAUGGAACUGCAUCAUACACCAUACAGUGUACUAUAACAGGAACUCCUCAGGCUACAUCAUGGACUUGGUCAAGGAGACCAACAGGUGGUGGAUCAUUAACACCACUAUCAGCUGGAAGCAAAUACACCAUUGUUAAUUCUGCCACUGCUCCACAUUUAACCAUUAAUAAUAUUGUGGAGGAUGAUGAACAAGAUUAUUUCUGUGGAGCCACAAAUGUUGCAGGAUCACAAACCAGUACACGUGCAAGACUUACUGUCACGGGUGAUCUUCUAAGUGUUGCUAUUUCCCCAGCUAAUGCUGACGUCCUUCAGGGACAGUCUCAGUUAAUCACAUGUAUUGUUACUGGAAAUCCCACCGCCACAUCAAUAUCAUGGCGUUUCACACCAAGUGGAUCUAAUCAACAACAAACAUUAAGCUUAGGCAAUACUGCCAAAUAUUCUGGUGGUAAUACCCAGAAUCCUUCAUUAACAGUACUAAACUUCCAAUCAUCUGAUGGUGGUACCUAUGUAUGUUCUGCUACAAAUGCUGUUGGAACACAGUCCAGUACAAAUUCUGUUCUAAGAUUUAUUCAGCAACUAUCUAUAGCAGUGAGUCCUUCAGAUGGUACUGCAGUAUAUGGAACUGCAUCAUACACCAUACAGUGUACUAUAACAGGAACUCCUCAGGCUACAUCAUGGACUUGGUCAAGGAGACCAACAGGUGGUGGAUCAUUAACACCACUAUCAGCUGGAAGCAAAUACACCAUUGUUAAUUCUGCCACUGCUCCACAUUUAACCAUUAAUAAUAUUGUGGAGGAUGAUGAACAAGAUUAUUUCUGUGGAGCCACAAAUGUUGCAGGAUCACAAACCAGUACACGUGCAAGACUAACUGUCACGGGUGAUCUUCUAAGUGUUGCUAUUUCCCCAGCUAAUGCUGACGUCCUUCAGGGACAGUCUCAGUUAAUCACAUGUAUUGUUACUGGAAAUCCCACCGCCACAUCAAUAUCAUGGCGUUUCACACCAAGUGGAUCUAAUCAACAACAAACAUUAAGCUUAGGCAAUACUGCCAAAUAUUCUGGUGGUAAUACCCAGAAUCCUUCAUUAACAGUACUAAACUUCCAAUCAUCUGAUGGUGGUACCUAUGUAUGUUCUGCUACAAAUGCUGUUGGAACACAGUCCAGUACAAAUUCUGUUCUAAGAUUCAUUCAGCAAUUAACAGUAUCAGUGAGUCCUUCAGAUGGUACUGCUGUUUAUGGUGAUUCUUCCUACACUGUACAGUGUACUAUAACUGGCACUCCCCAGGCUACAUCAUGGACUUGGGUAAAGAAACCAAUCUCUGGUAGUACAGAAACAACAGUCUCUUCUGGAAGCAAAUACACCAUUGUUAAUUCUGCCACUGCUCCACAUUUAACUAUCAAUAGUAUUGUGGAAGAUGAUGAACAAGAUUAUUACUGUAGAGCCACAAAUGUUGCAGGAACACAAACCAGUACACGUUCAAGGCUUACUGUCACUGGUGAAUUGUUGACCGUUACCAUAUCUCCGGCAAAUGCUGAGGUUAUCAGAGGAAACAGUCAAAUUAUUACAUGUAGUGUAAGUGGAAAUCCAUCUGUUACCAAUGUAGCAUGGACAAAAGAUGGUCAAUCUGUUAAUGUGGCAGGAAAUCCAACAAAAUAUUCUGGCGGUACUCCAGGGAACCCAUCACUGACGGUUACUAAUUUCGAGACAACUGAUGCUGGUUCCUAUGUCUGUAUAGCAACUAAUGCUGUGGGAAGCCAGUCUAGCUCUACAUCUGUGUUGACCUAUAUCGAAUACUUGUCACUUACCGUCAGUCCAUCAUCUGGCAAUGCUGUUCUUGGAACUGGUACGUAUGUGAUAACAUGCCAGAUUACUGGUAAUCCAACAGCUACUAAUUGGUAUUGGACUAAGACCCCAACAAGUGGUGGAUCAUCAGAGAACAUCAACCGAGGCACCAACAAUAAUAAAUAUACAGUUCAGGAAAAUGCUCAGAAUCCAUCUUUGACAAUAAAGAAUAUUCAGCAAUCUGAUGAUGCAAAUUAUGUGUGUAAUGCACAAAAUACCGCAGGGCUGCGAACAAGUUCAGCUGCAAGACUUAUUGUUACUGGACAAUUAGCAAGUAUCACAGCAAGUCCAUCAACACAGUUUGCAAACUAUGGUGCUUCUUCAGUAACAGUCCAGUGUAGUGUGUCGGCAUCCCCUUCAGCCACUUCUGUUGGAUGGAGAAAAGUUUCCUUAGAUGGUCAGACAUCUACAGCAAUAGAUGCACAAAACAGCAAUAAUAAAUAUUCUAUUGUCAAUUCAUUGACAGCACCACAUUUGACCAUCAACAAUGUCGACUUCAAUGAUGAUUCAAAUUAUGUAUGUUUCGCUACCAAUGCUGUUGGUACAGGAACCAGCAAUAAUGCUAGAGUUGAUGUUAUUGGCAGUGCACCACAAGUAUCAAUACCACAAAGUGCCUACAAUGUUAUAUAUGGAAAUGAUGCAACAAUCCCUUGUACCAUUGUUGGUGCUAACCCAGCUCAUUUUAGAGUGACAUGGUAUUAUACUGGCAGCAAUAACCAGCCUACUACUAUCAAUAUUGGAGAUCCUUCCCAGUAUAGUGGUGGUACUUUAAACAACCCAGCUCUCACCAUUCUCAAUGCCAACAACCUGGAUGCUGGAUUUUAUAAAUGUGAAGCUGAGAAUCAAGUUGAUAGUGCUCAGAGUAGUAAUACUCAGUUGAACAUAAUCGGAGAUAUACCAGUUGUACAACUUAGCAAGACUACAGAGACUGUUGUUUUUGAUGCAUCUGUUACGCUAGUCUGUUCUAUUAUGUCACAAAAUCCUGUAGUGACUGAAAUCGUUUGGCAGUUUACAAACAGCAAUCAGAUAACAACACAAAUAGUUAUUUCCACCAGUGCUGGGAAAUACAGUGGUUCCACUGUAAAUAACCCAUCGUUGACAAUAAACAAUGCCAUAUUCCAAGAUGCCGGAACUUAUCAAUGUUUUGCUCGAAAUGCAGUUGGUACCGGCCAAAGUUCCACCGUUGCUUUGGGUAUCGCUGGCGGUGCAUUGACUGUUACCAUCCCAUCAUCCACAUACUCCGUUUUACUUGGUAACCAGAUCAGCAUCACUUGUACCGUGUCAGGGUCACCUUCAGCUACGAAUGUUUACUGGAUGAAACAACAAACUGGUGGUGGAUCAUUUUCCAACUUAGACAUAAGUGGUAACAACCGAUACAGUGGAGGAACUUUGAACAGCCCAACAUUAGUAAUAACAUCUGCUCAGUUCAGUGAUGAAGGAAAUUACAGAUGUCAUGGCGUCAAUGCUGCAGGAGAUUCCAACAGCAUCGUGACAAAUCUUGAUGUCACCGGCAAUGUACCAACUGUUACCCUGUCGACUACGCUCUUCCCAGUAUUAGUAGGAAAUGACAUUACAAUUGGUUGCAAUGUCAUAUCCAAUCCAGGUGCAACUAAUGUAUACUGGAGGUUUGAGAAUAGUGGUAAUCAAAUUACCACUAUAAGCGCAAACUCAAACACUGCUAAAUAUGGUGGAUCAACAACUACCUCUCCAUCCCUUGUGAUCAAGAAUGUUGAUUUCAGCGACGCAGGAAAGUACACUUGUUUCGCUACUAACAGUAUUGGAACAGGAAACAGUCAAGAAGGAACUCUUCAAGUAUCUGGACAGCCACCAAAUGUUGUUGUUACUCUACCAAACUACAGUGUUGAUUUUGGUCAGCAAGUGACUCUUGGAUGUACAGUUACUGCAAAUCCAUCCCAUACCAGUGUAUAUUGGACCAGAAAUAAAAAUGGUAUCACCACAAAUAUAAAUGUAGCAAACAGUGGUGGAAAAUACAGUGGGUCUACAGUCGGCAGCCCAUCACUUACUAUAACCAAUUCUAACCUGGACGAUCAAGCAAGUUAUAUAUGUAAUGCACAGAACAGUGUCGGAUUAGGAUCCAGUUCUACUACAGUUUUAACAGUCUCUGGCAAUAUCCCAAUUGUCACUGUGACACAGAACCAAUACAAUGUUGAUUAUGGCAAUACUGUCACUUUAGGCUGUACUGUAACAGCCAAUCCAACACACAGUGUUGUAUACUGGCAAAAAAUAAAAGGAGGAGUCACAACUACAAUUGAUGCCAGCGCCAUUUCUAAUAAUGCUAGAUUAAGCGGCUCUAGUGUCAACAGUCCAAGUUUAGUCAUAACAAAUGUUAAUUUAGAUGACAUUGCAUCAUAUAUUUGUUUUGCUCAAAAUAGUGUUGGCACCGGUCAGAGUCAGCAAACUAACCUGGCUGUUUCAGGAGCCUUGCCAACAGUUGUUGUACUAUCCAAUAGCUACCAAGUGACAGUAGGGGGGACAGCCACCCUGCAAUGUGUGGUCAACGCUAACCCAGGCCAUACUGUAGUCCAGUGGAAGAGAAUUGUAAAUGGUGUUUCUCAGGAUGUCACAGGUGUUGGUGCUCCUGGUAGUGGAAGCAGAUUGACAGGUUCAGAAGUCAAUUCUCCAAGUCUUACUGUCAGCCAGGCUAGCUUCACAGAUGAAGGAUCAUACAUUUGUACAGCUACUAAUGCCAUUGGUCAGGGAGCAAGUAGUCAAACAUUCUUAGAUGUCGUUGGAAAUGUCCCAACUGUACAAGUUACCCAGACAGAAUUCCAGGGAGAUUUCGGACAGUCGGUAUCAUUGGGGUGCACUGUAACAGCCAACCCAUCAGAAACCAGAGUAUACUGGAAAGUACUGGAUAGUAAUGGAGUCUUACAAAAUAUUGAUACAGCUGCAUCACGGUACAGUGGGUCUGUUGUCGGGUCCCCAUCUCUGACCAUAUCUGGUCUCACUAAAGCUGAUCAAGCCUUUUAUCAAUGUUUUGCUGAUAAUGAUGUUGGAACUGGACAGAGCAGUCAGACUUUUCUCAGAGUCCUUGGAGAGAUCCCAGCUGUGACUACACCAGCAACACACCAGUUUACUCUUGGAACAACUGCUACACUUUCCUGUACAGUAAAUGCUAACCCUGCGGCAACAUCAGUUUUCUGGUCAAAAUAUAAUACUCAAAAUCAGUUAGUAGCAAUCGAUAUGUCAACCAAUAAUAACCAGAAAUAUCAAGGAUCAACUGUAGGAAACCCUUCCUUGACUAUAUUGAACACGGUAUCAGGUGAUGCAGGAAGAUAUGUAUGCUCAGCUUCAAAUGCUGUAGGCACUGGUAGUUCUGGCACUUCAACAUUAGAUAUCACUGGAGCCAUCCCGAUUGUAAACAUACCACAGAGUACAUAUGCUAUUAGCAUUGGUAACCAGAUAACUUUGGGAUGUACAGUUUCCGCUACACCAAAAGAAACCGCUGUCUUUUGGACCAGACAAUAUCCCAACGCUGGUGAAAUAACCGUAUCAAAGACCAAUUCUGCCAAAUAUCAAGGACAGACAGUCAGUUCACCAUCUUUGAUUAUCCUUAAUACUGACUUUAAUGAUAUAGCUACUUACCGGUGCUAUGCUACAAAUACAGUUGGUACUGGUUCUAGUAACCCGACCAGUCUCACAGUCUCAGGAAAUGUGCCGAGUGUUGUAAUUCCACUUAAUCAGUACUCCGUUAACUAUGGUAGCUCAGCAACUGUACCAUGUACUGUCACAGCAAAUCCAACUCAUACAAGCAUUCAGUGGAAAAUAAUCGUAAACGGACAGGAACAAAAUGUAGAUAUGCAAAAUGCUAAAUAUUCUGGUGGAACAGUGAAUUCACCAUCUCUGGUUAUUGCUAAUGCUCAACAGGGAGAUGAAACAUUUUACAUUUGUACUGCAUCCAACAGUGUUGGAGCAGGGCGAAGUAUACAGACCUUUUUGAAUGUUGUUGGAGAUAUACCGCAAGUAGCAAUUGGAUCUAGCACUUACCAGGUGCAGAAGUAUGGCACAAUAGAAUUAGUGUGCACCAUUACUGCUAAUCCUGCUGCCAACACCGUACAAUGGUACAGAUAUGAUGGUGGAGUUCAGUCAAGCUUACGUAACGUAGCCGGAAAAUACAACACCCCCACGGUCAACAGUCCAAAUCUGCAAAUUAUCAAUGCUGACAUAAGCGAUAGAGGAUAUUACAUUUGUACAGCAUCAAAUAUUGUUGGUACUGGAACCUCAUCUUCUACUUUUGUUGAUGUUACAGGCAAUGAGCCAAUUGUUACAAUACCUCUGGGUACCUACAACGGUCAGUUUGGAGGUAACGUUGAGUUGACCUGCAAUGUAGUAGCCAAUCCUAGUGCAACACAGGUGUACUGGACAAAAACAGUAGGUGGUCAAGCAACAACAAUUGGUCAGUCAUCUGGCAAAUACAGCUUCUCAGUGAACAGUCCAUCUCUUAUGAUCUCCAAUCUGGAUGCCAGUGAUGAAGCCAGCUAUACAUGUUAUGCUGUUAAUAGCAUUGGCAGUGGUAACAGCCAGCCCACAACUCUAGAUGUCAUUGGCAGUAUUCCACAAGUUACUGUUCCAUCCACGGUCAGUGUCAACAUUGGAAGUACAGCAACAUUAAGUUGUUCCGUCCAGGCAAAUCCUACCCAUACCUCUGUUAGCUGGCAGAGAAUUGAUGGCAAUAACCAAGCUACAACCAUCACGAUUGACAACAAUAAAUACUCUGGUGCUACAGUUAAUAACCCAACACUGACUAUCACCAAUGUCCAGAUGAGCGAUCGUUUGAACUAUGUUUGCUUUGCCACCAACAGUGUUGGAACAGGACAGAGCGGUACACUUUUCUUGAAUGUCCAAGGGAAUCCACCAGUGGUCAGCAUUGCUUCUAACACUUACCAAGUUCCAUGGGGUAAUUCUGUAACACUUGUCUGCACUGUUUCUGCCAAUCCAACACAUACUAGUGUCAGCUGGAAAAAGAUACAAAAUGGUGUUGAGACUAACAUUGUUCCAUCAAAUAAUCCAUCAAAAUAUGAAGGUGGAACCGUAUCUUCUGCAUCACUGACAAUCAAGAAUGCAGAUAGAAACUCCGAUCAGGCUUUCUAUGAAUGUGCAGCUACAAAUACAAUUGGAACAGGGACCAGUUCAAGAACUUUUCUUACUGUAACAGGAGAUUUACCAGUUGUUCAGAUACCAGACAAUUAUCAAGUGGAAAUUGGUCAGAGUGUUGUUGUCGUCUGUACAAUCACUUCCAAUCCUGCCCAUACAACUGUCCAAUGGAAAAGAGUAAACAAUAACCAGGAAACUAACCUUGAUAUUAGUGACUCCACACAGUACCAGAACGGAAACUUACAGAAUCCUUCUCUUACCAUACUGAACGCUGCCACCAAUGAUGAGGGCUACUACAGAUGUACAGCUACAAAUUCUGUGGGCACUGGAUCUAGUGCUCUUAGUUAUGUUGAUGUCACAGGAAAUAUCCUACAAGUAACAGUUCCUCAAAACAUCUACAAUGUCAACUAUGGACAAAGUGUACAACUUGUUUGUACAGUAACUGGUUCUCCAGCCGUUACAGAUGUUUACUGGGUCAAGGUCAGAAAUAGUGCGUCAACAACAAUCAGAGCCACAACAAUGGAUAAUUCUAAAUACUCUGGUGUUUCCAUCAGUAAUCCAUCAUUGACCAUUCUUAAUGCUAAUCAAAAUGACAUCGCUGUGUACAAGUGCUAUGGGGUGAAUGUAGUAGGAACUGGGGAAAGUCAACAGACACAACUCAAUGUCAUUGGAAGUAGACCAGCAGUUAAUGUUGAUACAACCGUUUCCGUGACGCUAGGAAAUUCUGUCACACUGCAGUGCACAGUUAUUGCAACACCUUCUGCUACCAUGGUACGCUGGAACAAAGUAAGCUCUAGUGGCACAUCAACGCCUGUGGAUGUAACAAACAAUCCAACAAAGUAUGCCGGUGGUAGCCUUAGUGUACCAUCAUUGACCAUUUAUAAUGCCCAGAAUACUGAUGAGUCUGCAUAUACUUGUCAAGCUACAAAUGCUGUCGGCACUACAGUCAGUUCACAGGUCAACUUAGAUGUUGUUGGAACAAUACCUGUGGUGAACAUUGGUCAGAGCCAGUACAGUGUUACUAUCGGUCAAACAAUCACCUUGAUGUGUACCGUUACAGCCAAUCCUGCCCACACAGUCGUGUACUGGAGAAGGAAUGUGAAUGGCGUAUUUACAGACCUCCCGUCAAGCAAUAGAUACACCGGAUCAUCUGUAUCUAACCCAUCUCUAACAAUCACUAACACAGUAGCCGGAGACAUCGGAGACUAUAAGUGUUAUGCCUCAAAUAGUGUCGGUACUGGGGAGAGUGCACAAACUUUAUUAAAUGUGGUCGGCAGUGCUCCUGUGGUCAAUGUUGCAUCAAAUGCUUACUCAGUCAACAUAGGCAAUUCAAUUACAUUACAAUGUAAUGUGCAAGCAAACCCUUUCCAUACAUCUGUAAAAUGGCAGAGAGUUGAUAACAAUGGUAAUGCUGUCGAUAUCGAUAUGACAAACAGUCGAUACACUGGUAGUGCUGUAAAUUCACCAUCUCUGGUCAUCAGUCAGACCAUGAAAUCUGAUGAAGGACGAUAUGUUUGUUUGGCCACAAAUGCUGUAGGAACUGGACAAAGCCAGCAGACAUUCUUGACAGUUGUAGGAAGUAUACCAACUGUAACUGUAGACCAGUCAUCAUACUCGGCCAACAAAGGAUCAGAUAUCACACUACAGUGUUCAUACACUGCCAAUCCUGCUGCAACCAUGGUCAGAUGGGAGAGAACUAAUGGAAACUCUGUCGUAGACAUUGGAGAUACCACCAAUAAUAAUAAAUAUGGUGGUUCUACAGUUAGUUCACCAUCACUUAUUAUUUAUAAUGCUGAGGAGAGUGACGAAGGAAAUUACAAAUGUAAAGUUACAAACAGUGUCGGUACUGGAAUUAGUACAACAACCAAUCUUGAUGUAGUUGGAAAUAUACCUAUUGUCACUGUACCAACAUCAGCAUACACUGUCAAUGUUGAUGGCUCUAUCACUCUAGCUUGCCAAGUUACUGCUGAUCCAACCCAUAAUUCAGUAUAUUGGCAGAAGGUUACAGGAGGCAAUACACAAACAAUAACUAUUAAUGGAGGAAAAUACAGUGGAUCUUCAAUUAGCACUCCUAGUCUCACCAUUUCUAAUGCUCAGUUUGCUGAUGCAGGAACAUACUACUGUUAUGCAACAAACACUGUGGGGACGGGAUCAAGUACUCAGGUUGUCUUAGCUGUCUCUGGUAACACUCCAAGUGUCAGUUUGACCCAGAAUGCCAUGACUGUCAACUAUGGAAAUAACGUUACCAUUGGAUGUGUUGUCUCGGCUAAUCCAUCUCACACGUCUGUAUAUUGGCAGAAGAUUUCGGGAGGACAAACUGUUACUAUUGACAUGUCAAACACAAACAAAUAUGGUGGAGGAACAGUGGCAUCACCAUCACUUUAUAUAAUCAGAGCUGAUACAAGUGAUGCUGCUAAUUAUGUUUGUUUUGCUGCCAACUCUGUUGGAACUGGUCAAAGUAGUCAAGGAACUCUUACUGUCGCAGGAAGUAAACCUGUCGUUACCAUUCCUCAGGCUCAAUACACUAUAAAUGUUGGCAAUGAUAUUACUAUUCCAUGUAAUAUUCAAUCAAAUCCACAACACACACAAGUAUACUGGACCAAAAAAGUCGGCAAUAAUGCUGCACAGCAAAUACCACAGGGGACCAGUGAUUAUGGUGGCGGUAAUGUAAACUCCCCAUCGCUCAUCAUCUACAAUGUGGAGGAGGCAGAUGAAGCACAGUACAAUUGUUUCGCUGUUAAUAUCGUUGGAACUGGAUCAGCUUCUUCUCCUUCAUUCUUAAAUGUUAUUGGAAAUCCACCAAUAGUGACUGCUAGUAUUCCUAAUUCAGUAAGAUUAGGCGAUCCUGUCACCAUCACAUGUGUUGUAACAGCCAAUCCAGGCGCCACCAUGAUUAGAUGGAAGUUUAUCACCAAUAAUGCUGAGAGUGUUAUUGAUAUAAAUAACAAUAACCGAUACACUGGGGGCUCAGUUCAAACACCAAGUCUGACCAUUAAUCCUGUAGAAGAAGUAGACAGGGGUAGUUACAAAUGUGAGGCUACAAAUGCUGAAGGAACAGCUGAAAGCAGUCCAGUCUUUUUGAAUACAGUUGGAGAUCCACCAACCAAUCUUGCAAUCAACCCAAGUCCAAUCACUGUGGAGGAAGGGGAGGUUAUCAGUGCCACAUGCACUGCUACAGGAAACCCAAAUCCUACAUUCGAAUGGAGAAAACUUGGAUCUGAUAAUGUCAUUUCCAAUUCUGCUGUACUGACAAUAAACAAUGCACAGGAGAGUCACAAAGGGACAUAUAUUUGUAAAGCUAUUAAUACAAUGGGUUCCGGAGAAGUUCAGACCACUGUUACUGUACAUUUUAAACCAAAGGUGACAAUUACAACUACACCCGUUCAAGGAAAGAAGGGCCAGUCUGUUGAAAUUCCAUGUGAAUUCACAUCUAAUCCAUUUGCAACAAGUGUUUAUUGGACCAAAUUAGUUGGUGGACAAUCAAGUCAACUUAAUCUGAAUGGCAACAAAUAUCAAGGAGCCACUGUUACUCAUCCUAGUCUGACCAUUUUAGAUUUAGAAGCAUCAGAUAUUGCCGAUUACAGAUGCUCAGUCACGAACUCUGUUGGAGUUGGUCAUUCUAAUCUUGGAAAAGUGGAUGUAGACUUGACCGUUGCACCUUUCGGCAUCAUGAUAACACCAAAUGGUAUUACUGUCCUAGAAGGAAACAGUUUCUCCAUGUUCUGUAAUGCUACAGCUAAUCCUUCUCCUCAAUAUGAAUGGUACCACGAUGAUACUAAAGUAGGAGAUGGACAGACCUACACUGUACAAAACUCAGUAUGGACCCCUCAUGAUGGACUGUAUACCUGUAAGGCUUAUAAUAGUGCAGGGGAACAGCAGGCAACAAUUGAUGUAGAUGUUAAAUAUAUACCCGUCAGUGCUGUUACCACAAAUUCAUUCAGCCAAGGUCUGAAUUCUCCAAUUACUUUGUCAUGUGAUACUGCUGCCAAUCCCUCUGCUAUCUCUUGGCAGUGGAAAUACAAUGGAUUCAUUUUGGAAGGACAGAAUGAAAAAUUAUACACUGUUGACAUGAAUAGUGAACAAGAUGCUGGACAGUACACUUGUAUUGCAUACAAUGAAGUUGGACACUCCGCAGACAUUCAUUUCAGUGUUUCCGUAGGGUCAGGAGUAACUCCAGGAACUGGAGCAUCAGUGGCCUCAGCAGGGUUGACUGGAGGAGAAAUAGCAGCUAUAUGUUUGGGAAUCCUCUUCUUCAUCCUGUUGUUGAUUGUUCUAUGUGUAUGUUGUAUACUACAAGGUUGUUGUGCAAUGUGCUUUGGGGCUGGAGCUGGUAAAGACAAAGAAAGACGUAUUACACCUGAUCAUGAAAAACUUGAUAUUCCAAGAUUCUAUGAAGUACCUACUGUUGUCACUAGGGAGCCAUCAAUGAUAUCUAAGAGAGAUGUCUAUGUAGAUACAGUUCCAAUGGCCUAUGGUGCUGCAAGACCUCAGAAUGAAUACGAGAUUACUAAGUACCGAGUCGUAAGACCUGAAUAUGAUGUGGGAGAAAGAUAUGUAACAACUUCUGCUGCCUCUCGUCCUUAUUAUCUACCAGCUAUUGAAUAUACUUAUGAUGAAGAAGAACGUAGACGUCGCCGCAGGAAGAAGAAGAAGAGCAGGCACCAUCAGGAUGAACUCCGUGGGGAUGAGCAGAUUGUGCUAGAAGAGAGAGUAGUAUCAAACGGAGGUGGAGAUAUCUAUCGUACUACCUCCUCUAGAACUGGUAAUGAUGUCGAGGUUAUUGCUGGACCUGAAUACUACUUUGAAGCUGAGUAAUAAACUGUUGAUCAUAAAAUUUAACAAUUCAAUUGCUUUCACGUUAUAUUUUUCUUGCUAAAAAAAUAAUCAAGUUAAUCUUGCUCAAUUUAUGAAUUAGAAUCAACAAUUUUAGUUAAAACAAAGUAGGAGUUUUCUUCCUUAAUGCAUACUUUUUUUUCGUUUUGUUAAAAAUUAUCAGGAAGUUGUACCAUAGCAAUAUUCUACAUUUGUAUUUCAAAUUUUAUUGAAAAUUUCAUAUUUGUUAUUCUUAAGAUCUGUUAUUUCAAUGUGAUAUUUGCUGAAAGAAUCAAAACAUUCCAUUGUUAAGAUUUAUUGUUGUUUUCUGAAAUGCAAGUUAGUGAUGUAAUUGUUUUUUUUAUCAUUUUGUUAAUAAAUUUUGUACAAUUUUUAAGAAUUCUCAUAGUGAAUGUUGCAUAAUAUAGCUCCAUGACAGUUUGUUGAGUAUGUGUAUCUAGGUUUUUAAUUUCAUUUUAUACAGGGUAUAUGCACACAAAGAAUUCCAUAGGAUGAAAUCUGUUCUAUGUUUUAAUAUUACAAGCUUUUGAUAUUUUAUUUUACAUCAAAAUAUUCCACGUUAUACAUAUCCUCAAUUUUUAUAUCAAAAUUUUGUACAUUGUUUUAUAUAGAUAUUUUUCUAGACCAAUAGAUUUUUAUUAUAUAUAUGUAUACAUCAUUUGUAACUAUGUCACCUUAUAAGAUCAAAUAAAAGAUAAAAUUCAA